AUGAUUGCGCGGGCUGCCAUGGCUGCCUGUAGGCUGCACGACCACCUGUCGGACGGGGCAGCUUGGUCCAGUGACGAGAUAGAGGAAGCAUCGUUCAUAGACCGUGGCGACAGCGUCGACCACAGCUACGACUACGGCUACGGCAACCGUCACAGGCUUAAGCGAGACUACAUCUACGAUACGGAAGCUCCGGCGGAGGAGGCUGAUGCCCUGGUUGCCGCGUCUCGGGCCUAUCAGCUGGAGAUGUUCGAGGAGAGCCUGAAGAAGAACAUUAUCGUCGCUAUGGACACCGGAACCGGCAAGACACGCGUAGCGAUACUGCGGAUCAGGACAGAGCUCGAGCGAUCACCUCUAAAGAUUGUGUGGUUCUUGGCCACGACUGUGUUUCUAUGCGACCAGCAGUUCAAAGCGAUCGUGUCUCAGAUACCAGGUGCCCAGGCAAAAAUCAUCACGGGACAGAGCGGCGUGGAUGCCUGGUCGACACAGGCUGUCUGGGACGCUGUACUUCUUAACGUCCGGAUCGUGGUUGCCACGCAUCAGGUCUUGUUGGAUGCCAUGCACCAUGGCUUUGUGAAGAUAUCGUCGAUAUCGCUGCUUGCCUUUGACGAAGCGCAUGCUUGCGUCAAGGAGCAUGCGGGCAAGAGGAUUAUGAGCGAGUUCUAUUAUCCUGCGCUGAACCGGGGCGAAGUGGUACCGGCGAUCCUCGGCAUGACGGCCAGCCCGGUGCACGGCACGAAACUAGACGGGCUCGACAAGCUGGAGCAGACGCUGCACGCCGUGUGCAGGACGCCGAAGCGACAUCGGGCGGAGCUGGUGGCACACACGAAACAACCGUCGACGUCAGCACACGUGUGCGACCCCCGCGCAGGCCUCUCUGCACCGAUCCCCCAGAACGCGGCGCGGCUGCAGCAAGUCUACGACGCGGGCGAGAUACGGUCAUUCACGGAAAACGUGCUUGCGUACAAAGGUGGCGAAGGCGAUGUUGAAGUGAAUACAAAGGACUACGACCGGUCGUGGGCCUUUUUGAAGGCAUUUUGCCGUCGAACGUGCCACGUUUACGCCGAGCUGGGCUCUUGGUCGGCAGAUUAUUACGUGCACAAGGUCAUCCGUCGCUGCGUCAACGCAUCGAAUCGAAAAAUUGGACCUGAAGGCCGCCGACCGUAUCUGUUAUUUCUACUGAAGCAGGUCAGAUCUGUCGCACCAGCAAAGCCAGUGUAUGACGCCAACGCCGAUUGCAGCAACAACAUAUCGUUCCUGUCGUGCCUGUCGGCAAAGGUGUUGAAGCUGGUGGAGAUCCUGGAGGCGUGCGAGGCGCGGCGACCGACGGGCAUUGUUUUUGUCAAGGAGAGGCCGAUGGCUGCGGUGCUGGCACGGGUACUGUCGCUGCACCCUCGACUGCACGGUCGAUUCCGGGCCGGUCAUGUGGUGGGAAUGUCCCAGAUGUACACGGACGUGUACGAGGCAGCGCUGGUGCUGAACCCGCGCAAAGGCAGCCAAGAGGCACUGCAGCUGUUUCGGGGGGGGGCAGAAGCCGGGGAAGCAGGAAGAGGAAGGAGAGAAGGAAGCGGAAUCAAUCUGCUGGUGGCCACAAGCGUGAUGGAGGAGGGCAUCGACGUGCCGGCCUGUAACCUGGUGGUGUGCAUCGACGAACUGACCAGCCUGAAGGCGUACAUCCAGAGGCGAGGGCGGGCACGCGAGGAGAACUCGCAGAUGCAUUUGCUGUUGGGGGAGGAUCUGAGAGGGCGGCGGGCACUGACACACGAAUGGGAGGAGCUGGAGCACGAGAUGAAGCGGCGGUACGAAGAUGGCCUGCGCGAGCUGGCCGACCUGGACGGACAGCCCCGUGACGAUGGCCUGGACGACGAGAACAUAAUGCCGCCGUUGGAGGUGGCAUCCACACAGGCGAAGCUGGGGGCACGGGACGCCAAAAACCAUCUGGAUCACUUUUGCGCGACGUCGACGUCGGCCCGAUUUGUCGACUGGCAGCCGGUAUACAUUCUGGAGGAAUACGAAGGCGAUGGCGAGUACGAUGGCGACUUCAACGGCAUAUUUACGCGAGGCACGUUUGCGUCGCCUCGGCUGCUGAGGGCGACGGUGCAGCUGCCGAUCACACUGCCGGCCCAUCUGCGGCGGGCGUGCAGCAAGUAUGCAUGGCGCCAGGAGGAAGAUGCAUGUGCAGACGCGGCAUUUCAGGCAUACAAGGCCCUGUACGCGGCUGGGUUGAUCGGUGACAACCUGCUGCCACCCAAGGCGACCGAAGAUGACGGGCUUGCCGGUCGGACAAUUGAGGGUCGACCGGGCGUGGUGACGGUACAUGCUCGUCAGCGGCCCUGGACGAAGUUGGCGCAGGCCUGGACGGCGUUGGACGCGGCCGCGGAUGGGCCUGAGCGCUGGCUGUACCGCCAUGCAAUGCGGCUGGUCGAUAGCGACGGUGUUGAACUGUAUCAUGCUGACAUGCUGCUGCCAGGCGGGUUUAGUGGGAUUGGGGCAGCAGAACCGAUGGACAUUGCGCCGGUGCGCAUGUUCUGGUCGCCGCAGUCGACCCGGCCGUGGACAAUGGAGUUUGGGCCAGGACAGCGCGAGCUGGUCCAGAGAGGUGGUGGUGAUGGUGGUGGGAAAGGCGACGAUGACCAGACGGCUGUGCUUCUCAAUGCUGCUUACGGCCACCGCUGGCCCAUCAAGGAGGAGCACCGACUCGUGCGGAUUGAGCGAGUGGACGAGCCGCGGCCGACAACCGAGCAGGUGGGCGCAACCGAGUUUUCCGAAGCGCUGUCUGCAGGCCAGCUGUCAGCCUCGUCGUCUGACCCGCGCACGUCGUAUCUUGUCCGCGGCCCCGAUGGCUCGCCGUACCUCUACCAGGGCUAUUCGGCGACCAAGCCGGCGGCGGACAAGAUCCGACGACCGUACAAGGGCUUCGACGAGGAUGCAGACGAUGUGCCGUACGUGCUCUUGCGACCGCUGCCGAAACAGGUUGGUUCCCUACACCGAGUCGUCAACUGCGAGAGAGAUGGAGAGGGCGAGGAACAAGGAGGGUCCAAAGGAGAGUCCAAGCGGCCGUUCUACACCGUCCUUCCAGCGGCCAGUUGCCGCGUGGACCGGAUGCCCAUGGCGGCGGUGCAGUUCGGCGCGCUGAUCCCGCCGUUGAUGCAGGUGCUCGAGGUGCAUCUGGUGGCGGCUGAGCUGCUGUCUUCGACGCGGCUGCGCGAGUUGCCGGUAAGCGAUCGCUCGCUGAUCACUACGGCCAUCAGCGCGCCGGCGGCACGGCUGCACGACAAUUACGAGGUGCUCGAGUUCAUCGGGGACGCCGUCCUCAAGCUCAUGGCAGCGGCUAACUGUGCGGCCCAGAACCUCGACGCGCCCGAAGGCCACCUAUCUCUGUUUAAGGACCGGCUGGUGGCUAACUCGCGGCUCUGUCGAGCAGCAACAGAGUUUGGGCUUGAUCGAUUCAUCGUGGGAUCGCAAUGGUCGCUGCGCGAGUGGCGGGACGUCAAGAUCGAGGCGGAAGAAGAGAAAGGCGGAGAGCAGCUGGUGAUGUCGACCAAGACGCUGGCCGACGUGGUGGAGGCACUGAUCGGAGCGGCACUGGUGGACGGUGGCCUGACUCGAGCGCUGGAGUGCAUGCGGAUACUUUUACCGGAGCGGCAGCCAUGGCUAUCGCUGGAGAAGACACGGGCGACAUUGUUUGCGGCGGCACCGAAACAGACGACAUGGCGGAUACCGACAACACUGGAGGAGCUAUUGGGCUAUCAAUUUCGACGACCGUCGCUGCUGGCCGAGGCGAUGACACACCCAUCGACGCCGGGAAUACGGGAGGGCGGCUGCAUGGAGCGGCUGGAAUUUAUCGGCGACGCGGUGCUGGACUACGUGAUCGUGCAGCGGCUGCUAGGAGGCAAAGGGGGCAAGCGGCUGGACCUGGAGCACCAGAAGAUGCACCUGCUGCGGACGACGGUGGUGAAUGCGGCUUUUCUGGGCUUUGCGGCGAUGGAGUUCAGCAUCAGCUCGGAGGCUUCGACUGUGACGGCGGAUGGCACGGUGACACGGGGCGAGAUCGCGACGCCGCUGUGGGCGUUUAUGCGGCACGGCGGAUCGGAUGAAAUGGCGCGAAUGCAAAAGGCAGCGCAGAAGCGCCACGCAGCACUGCGCGAGUCCGUGCUGGCGGCGCUGUGGGAGGGCUCAGAGUAUCCGUGGGUGCAGCUGGCGCAGCUGCGGCUCGAAAAGGGCUUCUCGGACAUUGUGGAGGCGGUGAUCGGGGCGGUGUGGGUGGAUGCUGGCUCGCUGGGGCCGGUGGAGGCGCUUCUGGAGAAGAUGGGGGUGCUGUCGUACCUGCAACGAGCGCUGGACGAAGACGUGCAUCUGCGGCACCCCAAGGAAGAGCUGGGCCGGAUCAGCGGCAAUGCGCGGCUGCACUACCGGGUGGCGGCAGGCGAGUCAGUACUUCCUCCGCUGGCCGAGGUGCGGCGGAAGCGCAGACGCGACGAAGAGGCGGCCCAGGAUGAGAGCAGCGACGAGGACGAAGACGAGGAGGGGGACGAGAAGAGGGAGGGGAAAGAAGAGGGGGCCCGGGCAGACCAGGCACCCAUCUUCACGUGCCGGCUGUCGAUCAACGGUGUCUGUGUGGUGGAGAUCCUGGACGGCCGGUCGCGCGAAGAGGCUGAGGUGCGAGCAGCGGCGAUUGCGGUGCGUGAUCUGAAGGAGGGGAAGAUCAAGGAAUCUCUGCGCGGCACCGACGUUUGCCAACGAUGCCCACGGCCGGCCGAUGAGCGCCAGAGCCGCAGCUGCGAAGCGAGCUGUUACGGAAGCGAGCUUGGAAGCGGAGAAGAACGUCGAGAGUUGAGAAUCGAGAGGCGAAAGAGGCGAGAGAGAGAGGAGAGUCGGAAGCCGACGACAGGACAGGAGGCCGUCACGAUGCCUGCGGACGGACAGCCGGUGGCGGGCGGCGGCAACAUUCGCGUAUUUGUGCGCUGGCACGAGCCGACUGUCUUCUCGGGUGAAGAGGUGCGAUGCCGCAUCACCUUUCGCAACGUGGCCCCGAAGCCGGCGACGAUGAUGGCGACGGCGACAGCGACGACGACAACGACGAGACCGACGACGCCCGCGCUCGUCCGUCACGCGUCGAUCUCGUCGGUCUCGUCGAUCUCGUCGAUCUCGCACCACCACCACCUGCACCAACAACAACACCAUCACCAUCACCAUCACAACUCGUCCCACGGCAGCUACCAGUCGCUGCCGCUGCCGGCGACAUCUGCGUCUGCGUCUGCGGCAGCAUCGACGUCGCUGCUCGCGGCCCCGGUCCUGUUAGCCGGACCGAGUCCGAACAACAUGAGCAGCACUGCCCGCGGUCACCAGCGGGGGAGCCUUUCCCUGAGCGGCCCGGCCAUCACAUCGCCGCGGACGGUGACGCACGUCCGGCCCAACACCGGCACCGGCACCACCAGCAGCACUAGCAGCAGCAGCACCCCCGGCCGUGGCCACGCCGGCCGCGACCAUCGGCGGUCGCUCUCGAUCGUGUCGCUGCCGUCUCCUGGCGGCCCCAACAGCGCGCUGAUGGCGUCGCCUACCGGCAGCCUUGCCGGCGGUGCGUCUCCGCUCCUCGUCGGCACAGCCGGCUCGUCUACGCCGGCAGCACAGCGACCACGCACGCGCGGUCACGGCCGGGCGGCCAGCCUACAGAUCGGACCGCGGACAUCGAUGACCAGCAGUGGUGCCGUCGCGAGCGGACAGAACGGACAGAACGGCAGCAGCACCAUGACCAGCAGUCCCGGAGGACCGCGGUCGGCCGCCAUCGCUCGGUCCUUCUCGUCCCAGCCGUCGCCGCUGUACAACGCGUCGUUUCCACCAACGUCGGGACGCAUGCUUCCUGGAGGUCACGUGCCAUCCACGUCCACCGCAACAUCGACGGGCCCCAACACGCCCGACAUGGGCGUCGCGCUGCCGACCAUCUACAAAGGACCGGUGCCGCCGCAACAACAGCAGCAGCAGCUGCUGCACGAGGCGGCCCGGGUGCUGUCGACGACCAGCAUCGCCGGGACGCCACGCAGCAGCGGCGAGUUCUACUCGGUCAGCAACCACUCGAGCGAGACGCUGGCCUCGGAGUACGUGGGCCAGCUGGCCGGGCAGCCGGCCGCCCUCUUGCGGCUACAGCAGCAGCAACAACAACAACAACAACAACAACAACAACAGGCCCUGCACGGAGCAAGUCCGCGGCCGCCACACAUGCGGCAAAAGUCGAGCUCGAACCUGCUGUAUCCGCCGUUGCAGGCACACCGGUCGCGGGCGUCGUCGUCGGCAGCAGCCGCGGCAGCAGCGACGAAGCCGGAGACGCUGAUGAUGGGCUAUGCACAGAUCCAGGGGUCCUUCACCCUGGACGGCUCGCUCGUCGACCUGGGGCCGUUUGAGCUGGUGAAGCGCAAGGCCGUGGUGGGCGGACAGGGUGGCGGGGUGAUCGGGAUAGAGAUGGGCGGCGGCAGCAACAACAGCAACAGAAACAACAGCAGCAGCAGCAACAGCAGCAACAACAGCAGCAGCAGCAGCCGGCGCGAGGCCGGGCUGCUCCGGGGGUUCGGUGGGUUCGGCGGGUUUGGCGGCAAGCUGAGCAGCAGCAGCGGCUGGAGCAGUCUCACCAGCUCGCUGGGCGAGCUGCUAGGCGGUGGUGAGAUGAGCACGAUCCGGGAGAUGCGCGACCUGGCGAGCGCCAAGGCGGUGCCGCUGCUGUCGACGCCGCAGUCGGUCCUGUUUGUCGAUCUGCAGCUGGCGCCGGGCGAGAGCGAGACGUUUGAGUACGCCUUCCGGCUGCCACGAGGCCUGCCGCCCACCCAUCGCGGCAAGCUGAUGAAGAUCGCCUACGGACUCGUCAUCGGCACCCAGCGGCCGGGCUCGGCGCGCGAGCAGCGCGUACGCUCCGUCGAAGUGCCCUUUCGCGUUCUUGGCAGCGUCAACAGCCACGGCCAAAUCCUCGGCCACGACCUAACCACGCCGUACAUUCUGCUGCGAGACCAGGCCGUCGUGCGGCCGGUCGAGGGCGACGACGGCCGGCAGCAGACCAAGCAGACGAAACAGACCAAGCAGGCCAAGCAGGCCAAGCAGGCCGAGCAGACGACGCAGAGCCGGGAGGCCGAGGCGGCGCACAAGACCAGUUUUCUGGCUUACGUGGACGAAUUGCUGAGUCAGCAACAAGAGAACAACAGCUCGGACGAUGGGAGUGGUGGUCCGACGUCGCUGUCGGCGCGAGAGGCGAUUGACCUGGCGAUUCUACGCAGCAACAUGGCCGACCGAGGCAGCCGGAGCGACAACAGCCGCGAAAAGGCAGCGGUGAGCGCGAACCGGUUUGAGAUUGCGCGCAACGGGCGGCGGGUGGGCACGGUGCUGCUGGCACGGCCGGCAUACCGGCUGGGCGAGGCGGUGACGUUGGCGGUGGACUUUGCCGGGGCAGCGACGCCCUGCUAUGCGGUGCAUGCGAGCCUGGAGACGGCCGAGCGGAUCGUGGACCCGUCGCUGGCGCUGCGCUCCGAGGCGAGCGUGCAGCGGGCGACGCGGCGGGUGUACGCGUCGGCGUCGGAGGCGACGCUAUGCGCGCGGCGGUUCGUCUUUGCGCCGACGAUUCCGGCCUCGGCAACGCCCGAGUUUGUGACGAGUGGCGUGAGCCUGGACUGGAAGAUCCGGCUCGAGUUUGUCGUGCCGGCCGGAGAGGAGGAGGCAGAGGCGGACACAGCCGGCGAAGGAGAGGGGGACGAAGACGAGCGAGAGGACAUGGCGGCCGGAGUCCACGACGAUCCAGACCGUGCACACGAAAGCCAAAGCCAAAAGACACAGACGGCGCGGACCCGACGACGCCGACAGCUGCCGCCGCUGCUCGAGGAGGUCGGCCGGGACGAUCGCGGAGGCCUCGUGCUGGUGGCGGCCGAGACGCUGGCGUGCGAGAGCUUUGAGGCGGCCGUGCCGCUGCGGGUGUACGGAUGGCCGAGCGGAGGCGGGCCCAUCGACGGCGAGGAGGCCGACAUGCCCGGCAUGGUUGUCUAG